UAUGUAGAACUAGUUACGAAUCAAUUGUUGUACUCGUUAUGGAGAAAGUGGUUAAUUCUGUACUAGCUAAAGUUGAAGAAGUGGACAUGGAGUUUGAUCACAUGAAAGUCGAAGUGAAAAAAGAGGAAGAAGAUUCGAGAAGCAGGACUAGGGGUUUUGUAUGUCCGACAUGUGGCGAACAAAUUAUCAGUGAAAACUAUUUCAUUGAACAUGUCAGGAAGUUUCAUCAUAACGCUAAAUCGCCAAAACGGGAAUUGGAGGAUAAAUUCUCGAAAGAAUGUACUGAAGUUUCUAGAAAUGAAAAGGAUACCUCUAGAUUUGAAGAUGGUAAUUUUGUUGGACAUGAUUAUGAUAAGUUUAAAAAAGAGAUGAAGAGAGAAGAGGGGGAAUCUCAGGACAUCAAUAUGGAGUUUCUUUGUCCUGAUUGUGGUGACACAUGUUUGGGAGAAAACACAUUUAUUGAACAUAUUAUCAGGGAGCACCAAACUGACUAUGAUUCUCAAGAAAUAACAAUUAUCAAACCUCAAAGUAGUUCUGAUGCCAACAUAGUCUUAAGUCAUCCUCUGGGGAUUUAAAUGCUCAUAAAAUUGAGGAAAAAUCUCAUCUCUCCAGUCAUCUGAGACAGCAUACAAGGGAGAAACCGUUUAAAUGUUCGGAUUGUUCGUAUUCAGCUGCUCAAAAAUCAUGCCUCAAUAUUCAUCGGAAAACACACACAGGAGAGAAACCGUUUAAAUGUUCGGAUUGUUUUUAUGCAGCUGCAGUAAAAUCAAAUCUUAUGGAUCACCUCAAAACUCAUACAGGAGAGAAACCGUUUAAAUGUCCGGAUUGUUCUUAUGCAGCUGCCCUAAAAUCAAGUCUUAUAAAGCACCUCAGAACCCAUACAGGAGAGAAACCGUUUAAAUGUCCGGAUUGUUCUUAUGCAGCUGCCCUAAAAUCAAGUCUUAUAAAGCACCUCAGAACCCAUACAGGAGAGAAACCGUUUAUAUGUCCGGAUUGUUCUUAUGCAACUGCAGUAAAAUCAAACCUUAAAAACCAUCUCAAAACUCACACAGGAGAGAAACCGUUUAAAUGUUUGGAUUGUUCGUAUUCAGCUGCUCAAAAAUCAUGCCUCAAUAUUCAUCGGAAAACACACACAGGAGAAAAACCGUUUAAAUGUCCGGAUUGUUCUUUUGCAGCUGCUCAAAAAUCAAAUCUUAUGGAUCACCUCAGAACCCAUACAGGAGAAAAACCGUUUAAAUGUCCGGAUUGUUCUUUUGCAGCUGCUCAAAAAUCGACCCUUAAAGACCAUCUCAAAACUCACACAGGAGAGAAACCGUUUAAAUGUUCGGAUUGUUCGUAUUCAGCUGCUCAAAAAUCAAACCUUAUGAUCAUCAGAAAACACACACAGGAGAAAAACUGUUCAAAUGUCCGGAUUGUUCAUAUGCGGCUUCUAGAAAAAACACUCUGAAGGUUCAUCAGAAAACUCACCAAAAUUGAAUCAUGUAUUCACAGAUUUUAACAUUUUACUGCCAAAUUUUCACAAAGUAUAAAAUCCUCAUUUUUGUUGGAUGUAAUUAAUGGUGUGUCAUCAUUAGGGGUCGUUCACAAAUUAAGUAAUCAUUUUUUUGGAACAU